CAUAAAAUGCGAUGUCGUUGGCGGUGCACUGCAGUUAUCUCCCUCCCAAAUUCCAACUAGCGCGGCGGAUCAUCCCUGGAAUCCGCCCAAAUCCGCCGCAAUUGUUCAUAGCUACAAACCUAGACGGCGUUGACAUCCACUGCGUCGGCGAGCUAUACUCCGCCUGCAACCACUCUUGCCACCGCUUUCACAAACUCGACGCCGAUGGCCGAGUGGAUCCGGUCGACCCCAACAAGCUCCGUAAAGCUAUCCUCCAUAGCUCCGUCGUCGCUCCCGUUUGGCGGCUUUUGGAGGAAAUUUGGCUCGGGCGGUGACGCCGUCCAACGGAAAAUUGGUUGGGUUUGGUCGCGCCGUCUCGGAUUCGGGGCUAUCUGCUUCCAUCUACGAUGUGAUGGUCAUUCUUCAGAGCAUGUGGAUUUGGAGAUGACAUACUGGGAUCCACCGCAAUGAUGUACCCCGUAACCACUUGGCUUUCAAAUGGAGAUUGAUCGGCUGGGUAAAAACUGCAGCAGAAAAUGGCAUUGAAGCCCUAACUAUAUGCUUG